UCCUCUGAGGUAAUUAUUGAAAUAAAGUGUACUAGUAGGUAGUACAAAAAGAUAGUAAUGUGAUUUAAAAACGAUAAAAGUAAAAUAGUCCAUAUUUGCUAACAGUACAUUCGAAAGUAAAAUAUCAUUCCUGCAGGCCUAAUAACGAAUCCGUGCGCUUAUAACAAUUUUUUCGCAUAAAUUUCGCUUCGAUCGACGAGAUUGCACCUUACGCGCGCGCACGACGGAAAAUAAUUGAUCGCAAACUCGCCCAGUGGAAAGAAAAGUGGUCUAAUGUAAAUCAACUAGAAUACCAACACAUGUGAAGGCACCGGCAAAAAAAAAAUGCACACACGGACUUGCAGAAGCAAGCACCGUGACCGUGGAUAAAAAUCAUCGGCAGUGCAUUCGAAGACCCAUUGACGAACUAACCACCGAUGUAGGUGGAGCGGAUCAAGGAGUCGUGACCCACAAAUGGAUUGGUGACUUUAGUGCUGAAGUGUAGUGACAUUGGUUCAAAAUGACUGCCAUAUUGUUGAUCGCUUGUAUGGUGGUGGCGCAAGCGAGGGCCGGUAUAGUUGAGUUGAACUGCAGUGAUAAUGCAACGUGUAUUGAGCAUAUGGCGAGGGAGUUUGUGAGGAGCAUGAGACAGCAGAGGGCGGUGAAGGUGUUCGACGCGCUCACGAUCGAGCCGGUGGCGGUGAAGGGGCUGCGGCAAGCGAGGUCGAGGCAGGGAUUCCUGUCGAGGUUCCUGGAGAGUCACGCGUUCAGCUUCGACUGGAACGACUGGUCGUUUCGGUUGAACAAGCCUGAGGAGAGGAGCGGUGUCGUGGACUUGGAAGUUUACGAGAGCAGAACUGCUAAAGAUGUUUCGGAGCAAGUGCCGAAGAAAUCCAACAGCAAGGUCGAGGAAGAAGAGGAUAAAACUCCAAAACGAACCGGCCUAAAAAGACGACAAAAGAAGAAGGUACUACAGGCAGUCAUUCCACUAAUGUUCGGCAUGAAGUCAGCCGGCGCGGUCAUAUUUUCUAUGGCCCUGGUCACUGCACUCACACUGAAGGCCUACGUGGCUAGCAAGCUGGCCCUGAUGGUGACUGUUGGCAUGGCCAUUAAGAAGCUCUAUGAGACUUACGGUCAAGGCGUCGGUUUACAAAACCAUCCAUACCUUUACUCGCAAUACCCAAUCGAUUUCCCGAGCGCUUCAUCACAGCACACAUACUCCGUCCCAGGGAUGAAUGCCCAAUUCGGCCCGGAGAUGUACAAUCCAGCUUUAGCACCUCAUUCCCAUGAGCUGCUUCAGCAGAAUGAUGCAAGUGCACAGCAGUCUCAGCAACAGCCCACCUUACUCGUCAAUUCCACCAGGGCAUCAGAAAGAUGGGAUGGUAAGUCUAAACUGCUUCAAUUCAUCGAACCAAUCGUCGAUGGCUUCAAGAAUCUCAUUGAUCCCAUUGCUAACGUUUUCUACGAUGCCAUGCCAGCGACUUUCCGUGGUCUGACAUCCGACGUUUCCACGACGAAGAGCAUCGAAGAUGUGAAAGAAAAGGUUAAAAAACCUAGAGAAAUACUAGUGCCGCAACCAAGGAACAUCGCACAACGAAAGAUGACCUAUAGAAAAUCAUUGAGCCAAAGGCCUAAGAAAUAUAACGAACUGAAACUCGACUUAGACAAGAUGAAACAUAAUAAAGAUUUCCACGAUUAUGUUAAAACUAAAAAGUAUAAAUAUAACUAUCCUAACACAUAUUACUAUCCUAGAGUAAAAUAUUUUGUGAACCCUCACUCAUUUUAUAGCAAAACCAACAACACUAGAUUGAUCCCUUACAAGAAAGAUACUUUGAAUACUAACAUUGUCAAUAAUGAUGUGUUGUCUACUUUCAAUGAAUCUAGUGAAUGGAAACCUAUUAUUGUCGCUAAUUUAGAUACUAUUCCCAAUGAUAUUAAUCCUAUUACUGAAAUAACUCCACUAGUUCCUCUAAAAAGAAAAAGGACUCGAGUAAAACGAGAAGUCACUGAUUUAUACACAAACUCAUUUCGUAAUUCAAGCAUCGCUGUUGAAGGUAGGCAAUAUAACACAGCUAGGGGUUUUUUUGAUUAUAUAAGCAGUAUAUUUUCUAUGGAUUCGGUAUCACAACUUUUUAGAACGGAAACUAAAGGUCCACCACAGUAUUACACGAUAGCGUAUGAUGCUCUUAUGCUAACUCUUGAAGUAGUAGACGGCAUAAUGGGCGUAUCUGAUGACCUCGGCAAAUUUUACGUGCCACCAAAAAAAAAGCAAAAGAAGAAGCAUAAGAGAAAGAACGUAGAAACACAAGAUAAUCAGAACAGCCAAAAACGAUACACAAGAAACAUUUUCACUAAGCAUUAAACUCUACCGCAUUUUUAUUUCAUGUUAUUUUUAAAUGGUGGUGGUUUUACGCAUUUAAUGUUGCAUUUAUUUUUAUAAUAGGUACACGGGUAAUAAAGGUUUGUAAAUAUCAAUGAAAAUG